CUUCCGGUGGGGCCGUCUCUAGAGCAGAGAUGGCGGCGACAGCGGCCGAAGAUGCGGCCUCUGGCUCUGGAGAGCCCCGGGAAGAGGCGGAAGCUCCGGGCCCCGCCUGGGAUGAGUCACAGCUACGAAGUUACAGCUUUCCGACCCGGCCCAUCCCACGUCUGAGCCAGAGUGACCCUCGGGCGGAAGAGCUCAUCGAAAAUGAGGAGCCUGUGGUGCUGACCGACACAAACCUUGUGUAUCCUGCUUUGAAGUGGGACCUAGAAUACCUGCAAGAGAAUAUUGGCAACGGAGAUUUCUCGGUGUACAGUGCCAGCACCCAUAAGUUCUUAUACUAUGAUGAAAAGAAGAUGGCUAACUUCCAGAACUUUAAGCCGAGGUCCAACAGGGAGGAAAUUAAAUUUCAUGAGUUUGUUGAGAAACUGCAGGACAUACAGCAGCGUGGGGGAGAAGAGCGGUUGUAUCUGCAGCAAACGCUCAAUGACACCGUGGGGAGGAAGAUUGUCAUGGACUUCUUGGGUUUUAACUGGAACUGGAUUAAUAAGCAACAGGGAAAACGUGGCUGGGGGCAACUGACCUCUAACCUGCUGCUCAUUGGCAUGGAAGGAAAUGUGACGCCUGCUCACUAUGAUGAGCAACAGAACUUCUUUGCCCAGAUAAAAGGCCACAAGCGUUGCAUCUUAUUCCCUCCAGAUCAGUUUGAGUGCCUCUAUCCAUACCCUGUCCAUCAUCCCUGUGACAGGCAGAGCCAGGUGGACUUUGACAAUCCUGACUACGAGAGUUUCCCCAAUUUCCGGAAUGUGGUUGGUUAUGAAACAGUGGUGGGCCCUGGUGAUGUUCUGUACAUCCCAAUGUACUGGUGGCACCACAUAGAGUCAUUACUAAAUGGGGGAAUUACCAUCACUGUGAACUUCUGGUAUAAGGGGGCUCCUACCCCUAAGAGAAUUGAAUAUCCUCUCAAAGCUCAUCAGAAAGUAGCCAUCAUGAGAAACAUCGAGAAGAUGCUUGGAGAGGCCUUGGGGAAUCCACAGGAGGUGGGGCCUUUGUUGAACACCAUGAUUAAAGGCCGUUACAACUAACCUGCAGAGGUCAAGGCCUCCUGCCGGGGGACCGCUAGCUCGUCCACAUGCUUCGUUGAUGAGGACAGGACACUCCAAGCACUAGUAUUGCACGCUGCACUUAAUGGACUGGACUCUUGCCAUGGCCCUGGAGGCAGGUGUCUGGGGCGAGGCAGGGUAGCUGGCUCCACUCCCAUUUGGAAGGAUUUCUCACACUUGCCUCUUGAGCCCCAGAACCUUCCCCUCUUCGCCCCCCCCCCAAAGUCCUGCAUCAGUGUGUGGGGUCCCAGCUUUUGGUUGUCAUCAUGUCUGUGUUAGUCUGUCAACCUCAGGGUGUGUGUGUGUGUGUACAUGUGUUCAUAAGCCUGUGUAUACACACACAUGCAUGUAUCUGUACCUUGUUCCUCUUCCUGGGUCAGGAUAUCACUUCUGGCUCUCAGCUCCUGUCUCCUGAAGCCUCAGUGCCUCAGCCUGAGAGGGGAGAGGCUCCUAUAUCCCUACUACAUUUGGGUGUGGUGCCAGAAUCAAUCUGCUCAUCAGUCUGCCUCUGCCAGUUUUUGUAGCAUAGUCAGGCUGCAGGCCAGUUAGCAAGAGCUGCUGGGUCCCUAAUGGGGACCUUGAGAAGGAGCCUUGUCUUUGGGAGCCUAGAUAGCCUUCUAGUGGAAGAGGAUUAGAUAGGGUUCCGGUUGAGAACUACAAACUCAAGCCAUACAUAGGAGGAAACCUUGGGAACCUAAGAUCGGGAUUGUGCGUAUGUUCCAAAUUACAGACACGCGCAGCUGUUCUCUUUCAGUACCAGCUCUUGCCCCUUUGCUAGGCACUGAGGGAGUUCUCCUAGCUCUGACUUCUUUGGGCUCCAGGGGUAUGAACUUCUGCAUGUGUGUGUACACAUAUGCACACUUGUGUGUGUGUGUGUGUGUGUGUGUGUGUGUGUGUGUGUGUGUGUGUGUUCGUUCACACUUGCCAUCCCUCUUGCUUACCAAGGUUCUCUACUGCUUACUUUGUCCAAUGUGACAGUACAGUGUGAACUCCAGAUACUGCCUGACUUAGCCUCUAGCUUUUGAACUCGGAUUUUAGCCAUCCUUUCUUGGUCAGAUCUCACUGCAGUCUACCUAAAGCUGACUGGCUUGAGCCUCCAAGUCCUCUCUUUCCCUGUCCAGGCCACAUCCCCUGCACCUGCUGAGUUUCCUGGCUGAGUAGAUGAAAUGGGAUCAGACUUAGGCAGCUAACUCAGUACCUUUCAUCCUCCUCAGGGCAAGGGCAAAAGUGUCCUCUUGCCUCUUGGAGCCAGCACCUCUGCCAGACCCAAUAUAACAUCGUAUGACAGCUAGUGUAGGAUGACUGGUGGGGCAUGGAGGUAGAAUUCACUUUUCUGUUGGUAGCUAUUUAUGGGAACCCUCCUCAGGGCUGCAGCUUAUACCUGGGCAGCUCAGUGUUACACAACAGCGUGCCAUCGUUCACAUUUGCUCAGAGGGAAUGGGCCCUGCAGUUUGGCAGAAUGGUGGCCCUAUGUCCACUUACCUCGAGUCCCUUCUCCUUCGUCUUUUUCUCUAAAGUCUAAGUGGGAAGUCUAGCUUUAUUCCCUUCUUUCCCACUUUUUUACUCCCAUCCCCGAGUUUGACCUCCAGUGUCUGAGCUGUGGCUCUUAGCCAUGAAGCUCAGCUUACAGUGCCCCAUGGACUGAGAAGAUACAUGCAUAUGCCUGUGCAUACUUGUGUAUGUAUUUGGGGGAGGGUCUUUAGUCCCCCAUUCUGGGGGCUUUGAUGCAAUGUGGGUGUAUAGACCUGGAACCUUCUCAAGUAUAGCUCUUCAAGUACAGCCAAUGCUAGGCAAUGUGACUGUAGUAAGCAGCUCCAUGGCCUCCAUCGCUUUGGGGAACAAGGAGUGCAGCAGGAGGGCAGGGCAGGGCAGGCUCUUGUUUUCAUUCUCAGCAGGUCUGCCUUCCUGCCUCUGCCCUUAAAGCUGUUGGCAUGUGCAGGAGGGAAUCCUUCAUGGUAUCGUGCCUCAUACAGGUCUGAUCUAGGGUGGCUGGGGGCAAGGAGAGAGAAGGUAAACUUUGGGACUGUGGCAGGAUUGAUGCUGGUAUGAUGUAAUAGCUACCUGAUCUUAGACACCUGGUGUGUGCCUGUGGCCUUUAGCUCUGUCCCCCACAAUCCUGCACGGUAGCGUCUCCCUUCUUAGAUGAAGAAACGGCUCAGAGAGUGGAUGGAGAGUGACAGGUCAGACCUAGUCUGUUUGGCUGGAAAUCCACCCUACCCCUGCUCCUCCUUCAUUUCUUCUGAACCUUUCCUCAGUCUUGUUCCUAGUCAGGGUGCAAGCAGGCUCAGGCAAGAGGGUGUGGAAGGGUGAAAGCCUUUGGAGGCUCCAGCUGGAGACAUGGAAGCUGGAAAGCCAUCUUAACAAGUGGGGGAGGCAAGAAGUGACUGUAGAGGAGUGAGAUCUGCUGGGGAGAGGGGUUCUAUGUACCCUGGAAUGUAGGUCCCAUAGCUCCUCUCAGCAUGCCUCUGCUUCAGAGUUGAAGUCGUUCUAGAUCACGGAUUCAUGUUCCGCUGUGUCUCUUCCUCCUGGAGAUGAGAUGCAUGUUCUUCUCUCACCUAGGUUAAUGCUGUUUAGGCUCCCAUUCUGCUUGAGCAGAGGAAACAUUGCUGCUGCAGUGUUUACCCAUUCUAACCAGCAGCAUGGGAGUUGGAUGUGCCAAGGAAGGUGGAGACUUGGGCUUGUCUAGGGGUCAGCCAUGUUGCAAGAUCCCAUUUUUAUACCAGCACUACAGUGAAAACUACUGUUUUGUGAAGUCAAAUAUUUGCUGGGGGGUUGGAGUUAUGGGGUGGAGGAGGGGCUGUUCUGGGCAUCAGUUGAGCAGAUGCCCAGGAUGCCUGGGGGAGACCAGCUUCCCCUACAAAUCAGAGCUCUAAAUUACAAGGUUUUUACCAACGCGAACAGUUGGGGGAAGUCGUCUGCUCUCAUUUGCGUAAUGGUUUCUGUCACUGGUGAUUAGACACAGGAUGAAGGAAAAGAAAUUUGACAAUUAGGAAUGAGCCAUCAUUAAUCUGAAUCUGUUAGGAGACAGAGUGGGGAAGGAUCCUUACUAGUGGGCCAGCCCAGGAUGGGGAGACACUCCCUAUCUCUGACCCACAGAAUCUUCUGGGCCAAGUACCCUUUUGGAGUUCCCACAAGUGUAGGUGGAGCUUGCAUGCCUUCAUAGGCUAGGAGUCCAAUCCCAGCCUGAGAUGGAUUUAGAAACAGACAUCGUUCUGCAUGAGCCAACAAAGUUAAAGAUAGAUGAGUAAGUGUAUUAAAUACAAGCCCUAGGGCAAAGACUAACAGUAGUGUAGUUUUGAUGUGUGCUUACUGUUAUGGGAAUUAUUUCUGUAAUAGUCAACAUUGUUGGUCUCCCAACUGUGACCAACACUUCCGGUUGUGCAGGACACCUCCUCUUUGACAAACCCUAGGAACGUCUGGGAAUUGGAAAGGAAACCAUCUGAAAGUACAGAGCUGAGAUCUGGGCAAGGUGGGCACUGUUGGAGGAAGAGGAUGGGUUCAGCAUGGGCUCCCGGGAAGAUACUUACCCUUCCAGCCGCUCAGCAGCGUUGACUUACUCUGGAUCAGUACAUCUGUGGCUAUGGGGACAUCGAGGUUCCUGCCUCCAAGACUAGUGACCAGUGACAAGGCUAACUAUUAAUGAGCUGUGGAGAAUCCAGCUUAGAUCUUCCAGUGUCCCUGAUUUACCUCAUCGUUCACUCUCUGUCCCUUCAAAUGCCUAAGACAAUAUUAGUCUGCACCAAGAAGUAGUCCCCAUCCUUUGUAUGUUCCUUAGAUCCCAGGCCCCUCAAGGAUUAAUUAGGAUGGGUUUCUGUCUCCUUUCAUAAUGUGAACUUCUCAAGGAUGGUGCUAUCUCACUCCUUGGUAAGUUCCCUACCUCUGUUGUCUUUCAUCCUUCAAAACUUGGUGCAGAAUUUAGCAAGGGCUACCAGCAGUGACCCUCUGACCAGUUUUGCCUAGAUGGGGUAGGUGUGGGGAUGGAUAGAAGUAGCUCAGGUUCUAUAAAGAGGCCCAGGCCUUUCCUGUUCCUACCUAUUUCUCUUGGUGUCCUCUUAACGCACCUCUAAAUGGGUGUUUGGGCUUUCAGUGACCUCUUUACCAAGGCUAUUCCUCAGAGAAACUCUGGUUACAAGUGCUGGACUGCUUGGCUCUAGGGUCCGUCUCCACAGGGUUCUCCCUGCUCCCUCUUCAUUUCUGACCUCAGGUAGCUAGCUCUGUUGACUUGUCCCUGGUUAGUCUGUGUCCUGUCUACUCUUGCCAUUCCUUUGUCUUUACAUGCUGGUUCAGCUUGUCUCAGUCUGCUGGUCCUUUUCUGCCUGUCCUUCGGUCAGCUCUGUUUAAUUAAAGGUCUAUGGGGUCCUGAGUGGAGGAGCCCAGCUGAGCACUUUGGGGACACUUCUGGAGAAAUAAAGGCUCAGAAACAUGUCCUCAAGGCCCAUGGUCCUGUGAGUGGUGAUGCCUUGGCUAAACUGGGGGGGGGGGGGGGACCUAGAAAGGGAAAGGACUUGGAGAGGAGAGGCUGCUAGGAAGCGGCCAGGCUGGGGACCAGGCUGGAAGGAGUGAACUUGUGCUUCCAUCUGAAUGUGUUCUUGUGCCUUAGGGUCCACCAGUUCAGGGAUGAGGGACAUUUUCUGAAUGUCUCCUAAUUUCUCUCAGGUCUUUGGCUCAGUGUCACCCAGUUUGACAGACCCCUGCGUUCCAGAGGUUGCUAGAAGGGAAGCAGCAUAGUGAGUAGGCUGGUGUCGAGAGUGGAGGCCUCUGUAAGGAGGGCUGCAAUGGUAGGGAUCAUGAGAAAGGGACCCAGUGGUCAGCAUAUCACCGGAUGACACUCCAUUCCUCCAAGAGAAUGAGUACAAGAACUGACUAAAGAAGUCAGUUUAAAACUGCCCGCCCUCCUCACCUAAAGUCCCAUUUUGGGAAGGAAUGUGUGUCCUUUAACUUUCAAGGGGAAACAGUCCAGUGUUUAAAAGCAUGCGUUUUGGGGUCUGGUACACAUUUCUAGCUUGCUACUUACCAGCUGGGUUUGACCUUGGUUGAUUCUUUUAACCGCUCUGAGUCUCAAUUUCUUUUAUUAUAAUAAUGUAUGGGGGUGGGGGUUGAACAUAUCUACCUCAGGGUUGCUGGAUUAACUGAGAUGAUGUCUGUAAAGCUUCAGCACAGUGCCUGGCAAGCACUUAAUAAAUGGCUGUGGUGGUG